GAUUAAGAUGAUUUCGGAUUUGGAUAGGAAUUAACCGACAGCGAGAGAAUCACGUGUUGUUAUUGGAUAGAAGAUGUUGGAAGCUGUAGAUGAUUACGACUAUGAUCCCGUGUUGUUCUUCCAUUUCGGGCUCUUCCUCUUGCUCUCAAAAGCUUUAUUAUAUACGCACGCUGCUUUCGCUUCAACCGCGCCUACCUCUGGCUCUGGGUUUCCAAGUUUUUGAACCUUCAAUCGCGCCGGUUUCAUAGCCAUUCUUAGUGCACCGACGAGAUGCAGAUAAUCGAGAUAUGGACGAAUCCGGGAAUAGUUUGAGGAUUUGGGACCCAAUUGCGAAGCCACACUGGGACAUGGAAUCCAAGUCUUCGUCGUCGAUGAGUUUUCUCGGGUGCCGAUUCCGGUUCCGAAAACCGGCGUUCGAUUCGUAUGGGGUGGCGUGUGAAGCCUUCUCGGAAAAGCCUCUUCUUCUUCUUUGUCUUCUUGGGUUCAGAAUCCAGCUGCUUUAAUAGGGUUUGCAAUUUUUUUGCUCUCAAUUUUGGUUUUUUUGUAACCGUUGGUGGAUUCGCCGUCGUUUUGAAGCAAUGGGUUUUGGUGAGGGUCGGCAUUCCCAGGCUGAGGAUGGUGAGGUUGUGGAGAAAGAUCCAACCGGACGAUACUUACGGAUACAAGGCAUUUGAUGAAAUUGAUGGAAUAGAAGUUGCUUGGAACCAAGUGAGCAUUGAGGAUGUAUUGCAGUCACCGGAACAGCUGGAAAGGUUAUAUUCAGAGGUUCAUCUGCUGAAAUCUUUGAAACAUGGAAAUAUUAUCAAGUUCUAUAAUUCCUGGGUAGACGAUAAGAACAAGACUAUCAACCUGAUAACAGAGUUGUUCACAUCUGGGAGUUUGAGGCAAUAUCGUAAGAAGCAUAUGAAUGUUGAUAUGAAGGCCAUCAAGAACUGGGCAAGGCAGAUUCUUCAAGGUUUAAGCUAUCUGCACGGCCACAAUCCUCCGAUCAUCCAUCGAGACCUGAAAUGCGACAAUAUAUUCGUUAAUGGGAACAAUGGAGAAGUUAAAAUUGGAGAUCUUGGAUUGGCAACUGUCAUGCAGCAGCCUAUUGCCCGAAGCGUUAUUGGCACUCCUGAGUUCAUGGCACCAGAGCUUUAUGAAGAGGAAUAUAAUAAUCUUGUCGACAUAUAUUCUUUUGGCAUGUGCAUGUUAGAAAUGGUUACCUGUGAAUAUCCAUAUGGUGAAUGCAAAAAUCCAGCUCAAAUAUACAAGAAGGUUACUACUGGCAUAAAGCCUGCUUCCCUGGGUAAAGUGAAUGACCCCCAAGUUAAGCAGUUCAUAGAGAAGUGUCUGGUUCCAGCAUCUAUGAGAUUAACAGCAAUGGAGCUCCUGAAAGAUCCAUUCCUUGCAACUGGAAAUUCGAAGGAUCUCAUUUGUGAUUCCCUGUGGUUAUCCAAUAAUUUGCCCGUAUUGGUGAACCCACUACAGCUUGAAUCUCAUGCCAUGGACAUAGACUCUAACUGCAAGAUGCUUUCUGCUGGCUCUAGUACAAAAACCAUCAAUGGAACUUCUAACUCUUCAACUCUAGAAUUUCAGAGGUUUACUGCGAAUAAUGAGUUUAGGUUAAAAGGGGAGAAAAUCGAUGACAAUACGAUUUCAUUGACUCUUCGCAUCGCUGAUCUCUGUGGUCAGGUGAGAAACAUCCAUUUUGCAGUUUAUCUUGAUUCUGAUACUGCAAUUUCAAUAGCUGAGGAGAUGGUUGAACAACUUGAUUUGUCAAAAGAAGAUGUGGCUGUCAUUGCCGAGUUAAUCGACAACUUGAUUGCCAAGCUUGUACCAAGAUGGAAAUCUUUAGUCGAGAAUCGUUCAUAUGAAGCAAACUGUUCAGUUGGUAAUUCUCCUGCACUUCAUAUAGGUGGGAAUUUAGGGUUAGUAGAGGCUCUUGCCAAGGCAGUUAUUGAGCACCAUGUUCUAGCACAAAUGGCCGGUGUAGAAGAUGAAGACGAUCAAGAAUCAACCUUUUCAGACAUAUCAGCCGAGUAUGGUGCCUCAAUGGCCUCAGAUGCUGUUAAUGACAACGCUUUAGAGUCUGAUUGUUCUAGUCUUGAUGAAUGCUAUAAAGGUUCAAAUGGGUAUGGGGCUUAUGAUCAUGGUGGGCAUACGGAGAAGAGUGAUGAAGCUAAUGUUGGUGAAUCUAUUUUGAUUAAUGAGCCUGCAGAGAACUCUGGCUUGUCGAGCGUAUGUUCUCUAUCUCUGGCAGAAAAAAAGCAGCAUGAUGAGCUAAAGCUGGAGCUGGAUGCAAUUAAUACGCAGUAUCACCAAUGCUUCGUUGAACUCUUGAGGAUGAAGGAGUAUGCAAUGGAAAAUGCCAAAAAGAGGUGGAUGAUGAAGAAAAAAGUAUCUGUUAUUUGAUUUACUGUAGGUUUUUUCUUCUCUCUCUCCAAUAACAAAAUUGCCACAAAUAGAGUCCUAAAAAGUCGUUUUUUCUUAAGAAAUUUGAUGUAAUUUUCUUCUGUUAAUACAGAGAUAUAUUCAUAUA